AUGCCUCCCUCGGUGAAGACCUUGAUCAUAGCUGCCGCGUCAUGUGGUCUCCUUGUCCGUGAUGCGGCAGCUGUCCCUGCGUCCGUCAGCACUCCGUCUAACGGGCCUGUUCCUUCAGCCCCUCCAGAAGGCGUUGCUCCUACCCCGGGUCCUUCCAAGUCAAGUGAGGUCGCACCCCCACCUGGGGCGUCGACUCCGCCGGAGAUACCUCAAAGUCAUCCGCCUACUUUCAAGAUGACUCCUUCUCCCUCUUGCCCCGGCCAGUCCACGGUUACUGUUACUGUCUGCCGUACGAAGUGCCCAAGUAGUAGCUCGCCCUCUGUGCCUCCCAAGCCUACUACAACAUCGCCCGGUGGCGGUGGUCCUGGAGGCGGCGGCCCCGGCGGAGGCGGUCCUGGCGGUGGUGGCCCUGGCGGUGGUGGCCCCGGCGGAGGUGGCCCCGGCGGAGGCGGUCCUGGAGGCGGCGGCCCCGGUGGUGGUGGACCCGGUGGUGGCGGCGGCCCUGGCGGAGGAGGAGGUCCUGGUGGUGGUGGUGGCCCUGGCGGCGGAGGCGGCGGAGGCGGAGGCGGAGGAGGUGGUGGUGGUGGUGCAGGCGGUGGCGGUCCUGGAGGUCCUGGUGGCGGAGGAGGCCCUGGUGGCCCUGGAGGAGGUGGUGGUCCUGGUGGUGGAGAUGGUCAACGUCCAUGCCCAACAGGCGGUCCCGGCGGAGGCGGUCCUGGAGGCGGCGGCCCUGGAGGAGGCGGUCCUGGUGGUGGACCAAGUGGUACAAGCCCCGGUGGCCCUGGCCCAAGUGGUGGUGGCCCCGGCGGCGGCGGUCCAGGAGGCGGCGGUCCAGGAGGCGGCGGUCCAGGAGGUGGAGGUCCAAGUGGUACAAGCCCCGGUGGCCCAGGCCCGAGUGGAGGCGGUCCUGGAGGCGGCGGCCCUGGUGGAGGCGGUCCUGGUGGUGGACCAAGUGGUACAAGCCCCGGUGGCCCUGGCCCAAGUGGUGGUGGUCCUGGCGGCGGCGGUCCAGGAGGUGGAGGUCCAAGUGGUACAAGCCCCGGUGGCCCAGGCCCGAGUGGAGGUGGCCCCGGAGGAGGCGGUCCUGGCGGUGGCGGACCUGGAGGUGGUGGUGGCCCUGGAGGUGGUGGUGGUGGUCCUGGGGGUGGUCCCAGCACCAGUCCAUGUCCUACUCCAGGAGGCGGAGGACCAGGAGGCGGAGGACCAGGAGGCGGCGGGCCUGGCGGCGGAGGACCCGGCGGAACGAGCCCCGGCGGAGCGGGACCAAGCAGCAGCGGACGACCCGGCGGCGGAGGCCCCGGAGGUGGUCCUGGCGGCGGAGGUCCUGGAGGCGGAGGUCCCGGCGGAGGAGGAGGCGCCAGCAGCUCACCCUGCCCGUCCUGCCCACCAUGCCCCAGCAAGACAGCGGGACGACCAUCCCAGAAACCAGGAAUCGGCGGCAAUGGCGGCAGCGUCAUUCAAACACCAGGACCCUCAUCCUCUCGUCCCGGGUCCAGCGCAACGCCAUCCUUCUCCACCAUCUCCAUCCAAAUCCCCUCCUCGACUCCCGGAGCGAGCAGUUCCAACGUGCGACCUCCAUCCACCAGCGCCGUCCCCGCCAUUUCAAGUACGCCUGCGCCCACACCAACCCCAGCCCCGACUCCAGCCGAAGACCCCGAUCCCGACACAUCUGACUCCGACUCCGACGAUGAGAUCCCGGUGGAAGAAGAGCGCCGAAGGAACGCGAAGAAGAAGGACAAGAUGCCGUUCGCGAAGAGACGAGAACAGGCUCGUGCGUUACGAGGCAGCCACCCCGGCAACGAGGACGAGGACUCUUCUUCUAGACCGGUUAUUUUCCGUCAUGGGUGGUGGUUUUAA